AUGACGAUCUUGAGGCACUCCUUGACCUUCUUGCUUGUGACUAUCAUCGCAGCUGGCGAUAUCUUCGACAGACUGCGAGGUGUUGUGGCCAUCGCGACAAGUGGUCGCUUCCAGUUCUCACAAGCAGUCUACUCUACGACCGAAGAUUUCGGAGUCGCUUCUAUUACUAUUCAACGCAGUCUAGGAUCUGACGGAAGAGCUGCUGUUUAUAUAUCGACGAUUCCGGGAGUGGGAAAUGCUGUGGCAGGUCGAGACUUUAAACCGCUUUACAACGUGAGUCUUAUGUGGCAAGAUGGCGAGGAUUUCGAGCAAGCACUCUACGUGCCUGUCUACAAUGACGGCAAGCCACAAGAAAGCCCGAAGACAUUCAUGUUAAAAAUGCACGACGCUGUCGGUGCUGAGAUAAAUCUUGCUCGCAAUCAAACACAAGUUGUGCUGGUUCCGCCAGCAAAUCUCGUGCCUGGCAGCUUCACUUUCCAGACUGCUACGGUCACCGUUGCAGAAGGAAAUACGUUGACAGUUCCCGUGCUCUGGGUGGCUGGAACGACAUCCAUGGCGAGUGUGAAAUUCGAAGUUGUGUGCAAGAGCGCAUGCUUUCCAACGGACUUUGUGCUGGUUUCUCCUGCUACCCAUUUGCUGGAGUGGAAACGAGAUGAUUAUCCUGCUUCUGCCACAAUUCGAUGGCAGAAUAUCGUCUUGCAAGUGCUCAAUGACGAGUUGUAUGAGCAAAUUGAGAGUUUUAGUAUCCGUCUGAUGGUUGUAGAGCCUUCAGAGGAUUCCACCAUCGGCACUGGAGUAAUUGCGGACAUUGGAGAAAUUAUUGUGGCUAUCGAUGGUCCUAAUGAUGUGCGAUCGGGCAUGCUGCAGUUUAAUGCCGAAUGCUUUCCGGACUGUGCAAGUGCAAAGUAUGCGGUACAAUCAGGUGGCUCCGCGCUAGUGAUAGUCCAACGACGCAGUGGCAGCGAUGGAGAUUGCUCCGUCGUGGUUGCUGCCCAAGAUGAUACAGCUGUGGCAGGCUUAGAUUAUGAGCCUUUGGAGCGAGAACUGUUUUGGAAGGAAGGAGAUACCAGUGAUAGACAAAUAGUUGUGACUUCACUUGCUCGAGCAGAUCCAAGGCUACCAUCACGACGCAUAGCACUCGUGCUUCGGAAUAACAAGGGUGCUCCAAUAAACGGAGCCCACGCCAGCACGUCGUAUGUAGAUAUUACCAGUCCGACAAGUGUUUAUCUUGGUGACGUGAACUUUGCUAUUCGCGAACCUCUGGAAUCGGUAUUACGAGCUCCUGACCUUAGCUUCAUCGAACUGGCAUCACGCAACACAAGUUCUAAGCUCCAGCUAUGUCCGAGUACAGUUGUUACAGAACCUGGAGUACUAUCGGUGGCAAUUCAGCGUAAUUUUGCAACCUUUCCUGUCCCCGUACGAGUGACCGUAAAAGCCGUGGCUGGUACUGCAACGCCAGGUGUCGACUACGAGUUUUUGGAUAGCGUUGUCACUUGGGGAAACGGGGAAACCGAGGCUAAACAGGUGCUCGUGAAGAUACUGAAUCCGCCGAAUUACGAUCCUUACACGCACUUAUUCUGGUUGCAAUUGUCUGGUGUGACAGGUGCAAUAGUUGGUGAUUGUAACGUUCUCGAAGUGGUGUUGAAAGGGGUUGCUCAGCGGCCUCACUUGGUUUCGUUUGACUUGGACAUGGCACUCGGAACGAUGACACUUCGGAUGAACAUUCCAGUUCAAGCUUCGACUUUGGAUGUGACCAAGUUACUGCUUCAAUCCGAGCGUGUGCUGAAGAAUGGCGCAACUUUUAAAUUCACACCACAACAGACUACCUCAAGUAGUACUGACGGAUCUACGAUUGUGCUAAAUAUUGGUGCCGGGGACUUAAAUUCGCUUAAGCGUGUUAUUGGAUUGGCAAAAAGCGCGAAUUCGGUCUUUUUGAGCACGGAAGCAGGACUUUUUCGAUACGUGGUCGACAAUUGCCACAGCACUGGGAUUCUCGCCUGCUCCUCAGAUGUAACCGUGGAGACGCCAAGAAGUGCAGCGCUGGCUGUCGCUACGUUUAUAGCGGAUACUCUUGCUCCAACCCUCGUAGGUUACAGCUUAGAUUUACCACGACGAUUGCUGAAGUUGCACUUUUCGGAGGCGGUGAAUUUCAUAACUCUGAAAAUUGAAUCGCUGACGCUUGCUGAGGGAGCGGCAGGAAUAGAUGUCUAUAGACUUUCGUCCGCUACUACUCGCCUCUUUUCGCCACAACCAGAUCCGUUAAGCGGUGCCACGUUGCGUGACGCAAACCGCCUUCCUGCUGAUAACACGUUUCUUACUCUACACCUUGGUCGGUCCGACGUCACAGCUCUGAGCAGCUUUGGUACUGGCCAGUUUGGCAUCACAAGAGCGAAUACGUUCCUCGGAAUUGAGAGUUCGUUUGUGGCGGACUUUGCUGGUAAUCCCGUCAUGGCUGUCGGGCCACCAGGCAAAAUGCUGCAGGUUUCGACUGCAGAUUGUUCUCCAUGUCCGUCAGGAUCGUAUCUUACUAGCUCGUGCUCGGAUCUAACAGACCGCAAGUGUGGUACCUGCAAUGUAUGUCCUAGAAACUCAUUCGCUCUCGAAACAUGCAGAGCUACACAAGAUACACUUUGCUAUCCAUGUACCGAGUGUCGUUCCGGUCAAUAUGUAGCGGUGGCCUGCUCUCCAAUGACCGAUCGUGUGUGUGCUCCAUGUACUCAAUGCACAUUAGACGAGUAUGAAGUUUCACCAUGUGCAGCAGGUGUGGAUCGCGUCUGCCGUACUUGCAACUCGUGCACCUUAACUGCAGCUCAGCAGACUCUGUGCCAGCGUAGUCAUGUGUGGAAGCGACUACAGAUGAGAUCACCAUUUAGUUGUCCCCAGCCUGGCCAGCAGUUCAAGACCCGCGAGGAGCAAUUGCAACGUGCCAAGUCGAACCUGUGUGGCUCAGGACGUUGCUCCUGUGUCGCUACUGGUAUACCUGGUAACUCGAAUCCAAACGGAGAAGGCUUCCCCGACGAUCCACGGUGCACUGGGCCUGUGGCGUACAAUAUCCUCGUCUAA